CUUUUUCUUUUUUAUUUUUUUGUUUGGAAUAUGCUAAGGUUACUGUUGUUAGUUAACGACACAGAAAUGAGAAAUGAAAAUUUUACUUUUCUCUGCUUCUCUCUCCUGCCCAAGCUGCCCGUUUUCUCUGUUUCAAGCUGCCCAACCUGCCCCUUGUUGAACACUUUCCCUCUUUCUCAAGCAGCCCUUCUUUGUUUCUCUCUCUCUCUCUCUGUCUCUCAAAAACGCCCUUUUGACUAAAUUUCAUAAACUGGGUCUUAGUGAUUAUCAGCUAAAAAUCCAUUUUUGGAUGUGUUUGAUUUCCUAAAAUCACUUGUUUUGAGCUGUUUUAAGAUGGGUUUUUCUGUUUUAUGACUACAAGGUCUUGUGGUUUGCUGGCAAAAAAAAUUCUUUUUCCGAGGAAUUUUGAUGGUUUUAGAUCGGUUUUAGAAAUAUGGGUUUUAGUCAUCAGUCUGAAAAAGUUGAGGAGAAAAAAUCGUUUAGGAAGAAGAAAGAUGGGGGAGAAGAAGAAACAGGAUGUUGGGUAAAAUUAAGGUUUAUGGGAAGUUGCAUGUCUUCAAGAUCAAGGGUUGAUAACUCUAUGAGUGGAAGAACAGGCACUCAUUAUGCGGAAAGCAAACCUACAAAAGAGAAAAGCAGAGAUCAACCAGUCGUUCCAGUGUCUUCUACAACCACUAGUAAUGCAGAAAGUGCUUCAUCCACACCAAAAUUCAGUGAGGAACUGAAAGUCGCUUCACAGCUUCGGAAGUUUACAUUUAUUGACCUUAAAUUAGCAACCAGAAAUUUCAGACCUGAGAGUCUUCUUGGUGAGGGUGGGUUUGGUUGUGUCUUCAAAGGUUGGAUCGAGGAAAAUGGAACUGCUCCUGUGAAACCUGGUACUGGGCUUACUGUUGCUGUCAAAACCCUAAACAUUGAUGGACUUCAGGGUCACAAAGAAUGGCUGGCUGAAGUGGAUUUUCUUGGUAACCUCCUCCAUCCAAAUUUGGUUAAAUUGGUAGGUUACUGCAUUGAAGAUGAUCACAGAUUACUGGUAUAUGAAUUUAUGCCUCGAGGAAGUUUGGAGAACCACCUUUUCAGAAAAGGGUCCUUGCCACUUCCUUGGUCAAUUAGAAUGAAAAUUGCACUUGGUGCUGCAAAGGGUCUGGCCUUUCUUCAUGAAGAAGCAGAAAGACCAGUGAUAUAUCGUGAUUUUAAAACAUCUAAUAUCUUGUUAGAUGCGGAUUACAAUGCCAAGCUCUCCGAUUUUGGACUGGCAAAGGAUGGUCCUGAAGGAGAUAAAACUCAUGUAUCUACUCGAGUUAUGGGAACUUAUGGCUAUGCUGCACCAGAAUAUGUAAUGACUGGACAUUUGACAUCAAAGAGCGAUGUCUAUAGCUUUGGAGUAGUUUUACUUGAAAUGUUGACUGGCCGAAGAUCCAUGGACAAAAACCGACCAAAUGGGGAGCACAAUCUUGUGGAAUGGGCAAGACCACAUCUAGGGGACAAGAGAAGGUUCUUCCGAAUAUUAGACCCUCGCCUUGAAGGCCACUUUUCUAUCAAAGGUGCACAGAAAGCUGCCCAGCUGGCUGCCCAAUGUCUUAGCCGUGAUCCCAAAGCCAGACCUCGGAUGAGUGAAGUUGUUGAAACCCUAAAACCUCUACCAAACCUUAAAGAUAUGGCCAGCUCUUCCUCUUACUUCCAAACUAUGCAAUCUGAUCGUAGGUCCAACUUAAAUGCCAAAAAUGGAAUCAGAACACAGGCAGGAUUUGUAGUGAGGAAUGGACAACCUAUAAGGAGCUUAUCUAGUUCAAAUGGUCCACAGGCUUCUCCAUUUCACCAUCCUCACCGUUCACCAAAGCCUAAAGCAAAAGAAGCAUAGGUUAAAGUUUCUGUAUGUUCAUAUCCAGAAUUUGGUUCCUCUCUGGUGUCUGCUUCUUCAGACUGCGUUAUCAACAGAUAAUAGGGGGUGCCUUUGCCAUUUCUUUGACAAGGAUUGUUUAUAUUCCGCUGUUUUAUUGUACAAGUAGAACUGAACAAGUCAUACUGGACGUGCAGCAUCAUGGUCAGUUCAUUGAACUCAAGGAAGCCGGUCUCAUUUAUUUCUCUCUUUCUUUACUAUCCUAUACGUUUUAUCUGGGAUAUUCAGAUUACGUUGGAGAAUAGAGAAUGAAAUUUACUCUGGUAAUGGAUUAUGUUUAUGUCAGCAUGCUGAUGAAGAGGGGGAUACGAAAGCAGUUGGUAGGCUCGAACAUCAUGUGGUUGAACUAGGGUGAUGGUAGGUGAAUGUGAAGGCAAUGCUGAGGCUAAUUAAUGUAACUUUUUGUUUUUCUUCUCUUUUUUCCCUCUUUGGAAUGUGGUCAUUAAGAGUGCUGCUACCCACUCUUUCACCUCAAAAUUACCCUCUAGAUUGCUGCUGUUGUACAAAUGGAUCUCUUUUUAAGUCUUAACAUAAGAACUUGUGUAAAAACAUAGGGUGUUGUUGUGACUCCUUUUCUGCAUUAGUUGACUCAAAGGUUUUAUGUUUCUUAA